AGAAGCAAACCCGGAGACAGAUAGAUAGACACAGAGACAGCCAGCGAGCGAGUCGCCAGUCAGUGAGAUUAGGACAGUUGACUUGACGCAAUAUCAGCUUAAGUCUCAUCAAUUCAAUUCAGAUUCCCCCACAUAUAAGACACACGUGGUACACAGACCGCUUAUCAGCCGCAACCGAGUCUAGCAGUUCGCUUGGAGCGCACCGAUUGGAUCAGUACAGUUGUACAGUCAAAAGUGUUCGGAACAGCAGUCAGUUGACAGUGGGCAUCCUGUGGCAGGUCGUCAUGGCAGCUAAGAGAAUGGAUCUAAGUGUGCGCACGUUUUUGGUGCUGAGCGGCUGCUCGAAUCCGCUUGGCCAGACGCUUGCCCAGGAGCUGUGCGGCCGCCUGGCACCCGGCUCGAUGGCGCUCAUCCUGGACGAAAAUCCCGAGAAAUUGGAGGAUUUGAGACGGCAACUGACAACGGAUGCGGUCCUCAUAGUCCCUGGCGUCUGGGAUGCCCAGCAUAGCAAUGGCGUGCAGCUGCUGGAGCAGAGCCUGCUGCUGGCCGGAGAUGUGCCCUUCCAGCGCACCAUCAUGGUGCACAACGAGGGCGAGACUGCAACGCAUAUGCUACUGGAGCCGCAGACGGAGCAGACCUGGCUCGAGUAUGUGCAGCAUCAACUGUACGCGCCGGUGGCAUUGAAUCAACGCUGGCUCAACGCCAUCCAAUUGAAGGGCAUCGAGAAGCUGGCCAUCAAUGUCACCUCAUCGCUGCAGGUGCGCCCGUUGGUCUACAACACGCUGCUCUGCUCGUGCAAGCGGGCGCGUGACAUGUACUUCCGUUCCAUGGCCUCGGAGGAGGCGCGCGCCAAUGUCCAUGUGCUCAGCUAUGCGCCCGGCGUGCUCGAGACGCAUCGCACCCAUUGCGAUGAGAACGGCAACAUUCUGACGCCCGAGGAGCUGAUCGAGAUGCCGCCAGAGCGAAAAUUGCCGCGAGUCGAGCCGCUGCACUCGACGCUCAAGCUGAUCAACAUCCUGGAGAAGACCGCCUUUGUGUCCGGCCAUGAUGUGGACUAUUACGACACCUUCUUCUUAUGAGUAGCAAUGCAGUCGUGGUCUGUGCAUCCAAUUGCAAUCACUUACCGCAAUUGGCUUGCACGGGCACGAACUGCCACAGACAUGCUUUUCAACAUGGCGAACGGUGACGACCUAGACUUUGUCCAACUGAAUACGGAUUUGAAUAAAAUAUGGCUGCUGAUCCUUGUGCUACUAACGGUACAAUUUGCGUGCUACGCAAACGAGACACACGAAAACGAAACACAAAA